AUGGAGAGGGUGACAGCUUCUUUGACAGCCUUAUUUAAGCACAUUGGGAGUGUUGAUGAACCGAGUACAGAUGAAAUUAUUCGUGAAAAAGUUUUAAGUUUUAUAAGAGAUAAGGUUUUAGAUGCGGACCAUAUUGACAGAGGGGGUGCUUCAAGCAGCAAGUUCCUCACCUAUUUGAACAAACACAUCAUACCUGUUUUUGAUAAGCUUCCUGAGGAGCGAAAGCUGGAUCUGCUGAAAGCCCUUGCAGAAAUUUCUCCUUACACAACACCACAGGAUUCCCGACAGAUUCUUCCUAAUGUUGUUCAGCUAUUAAAGAAAUACAUGCCUAGGAAGAAGACUGGAGAAGAGACGAACUUCACUUAUGUUGAGUGCUUGUUGUACACAUUUCAUCAUUAGCUAGCUCACAAGGUUCCUAAUGCAACAAACAGUCUAUGUGGUUACAAGAUAGUGACCGGCCAACCAUCAGAUAGGCUUGGGGAGGAUUUCUCAGAGCUUUAUAAGGACUUCACUGAAAGGUUGAGUAAUGUUGAGGAGUUAACUAGGGCUACCAUGAAGAAAUUAACUCAAGGAAUGGCUGAGCACAACAAAGCUAUGGCAGCUGCUAAAUCUGAUGAAGCAAAGAAUAGCAUUAAAACUCAAAAGCAGAAUACAACCACUGGGUUGCGGACGUGUAAUAACAUUUUGGCAAUGACAAAGCCAUUACAUUCAAAAACACCCUCGUUUAUUGGAGAUAAAAGUGUCAACCUAUCUUGGAAAGAAGCAACAAAACCUUCUGUUCCCACCACCGCAGCUACAACUGGAGGGAAACGACCUGCUACUACUGCUAAUGGAUCCGGCAACGUGCCAGCUAAAAAGGGCCGUGGAGCUGGUGGUUUGCAAAACCAACUGGUUAAUAGAGCAUUGGAAGAUUUGUCUCAUGGUGGGAGAAGUGGGACUAGAGGCAGAGGGAGAGGGUGGGGUGGACGUGGAAGAGGAAGAGGCUACCGGUAGCCUAGGGGUGUGCCCAGAGUAAGAAAUUUGGAUUUCAGAAAGUCGGUAUGGACCAGAAGUAUACAACUAGAAGCCAUUUAUUUAUUAAAGUUCUCUGCUGGAGCUAGUUUUGAUUCAUAGAGGAAGAAACUGAUGAGUUUCUAGAUUUAUUUGUUGUCUAACACUAGGAAUCAUUUCGAAUUUAACUGAUGAAAGCAGCAGCCGGGAUUGAUUUAAGGAAUCUUUGCAUGCCUUUUACUCUGUGUAUGCAUGCGUGUGUAUCUUAUUGACAGUUAACUUGCACCCAGAGGAAUCAUUUUAUAAUUCUGACGAUUUGUAGAAUGUAAUAUGUUUGGUUGAAUGAGAACUUGAGAAAGCUGCUACCCUUUAGAUGAUUGUCAUUAACUGUGAAA